AAUAUCUAUCUCUCGAAAAAACAAAAAACAAAAAAAAAAAAUUGCAGUUACUUCUGCCUGUAAUUUGCUGCAUGUCACGAUAGAAUAUUGGCCAAGAGAGAGAUGGCCGGGUCUUGCAAUUUGCCUGUAAUUUUCUGCCUGUAAUUUGCUGCAUUUUCAUUUUUCACUGCGCUGAACUUUCUUCUUGGUCCGAGUCUUUCCAAUUAAUUACUGGUAUUCUCUAUACGCGUCGAUGUGAAUGAAUGAUAUGGAGCAGUCAACGUUCUCACUCUUCUCUUCUCUCACAUCUUCUUCUUCGCUUUUCGACUUCCAUUUUCUUCCUUUCCGAUUUAAUCCACCAGAAGUUUUCAGUUCACACACACUCCCUGUCUGUCUCUCUUGUCAAGCUCCAUUUGGGCCUCGAUUUGGUGGUUUUGCGUCAUGGGUUUGUGAACUUGAUGGUUAUGCUUCCUGGAUCCUUGGAAUAAUUUCAUUGCUUUGUGAAAUUGGACCUAGCUGUUUCGUUUUGUACCUUAAAUUGGACCGACGACAAUGGCUAGUCUGCUGAGAAAGUUGCGGCCGGCUGUGCCUGGAAUCUCUGACAGUGAUAAUGACGAAAACAUCAAUACCGAUUACGAAAUUGCCUUGGAGUACAAUGGCCCUCCUGUCACCUAUGAUAUCCCCCUAGUAAACCCAGUUGACACCAGCCAAAUCCCUGUUGCCGCUCCAGUUUCUUCCGCUUCUCUGUUCGACAAUCUCUCCCUCCCCAUUAUCCAACCUAUUCUUAAGCCCAGUUCUUCGUACAAGAAAUCUUCAAUAGUAUAUACCUCCGGUGCAUUAGCUUGUGAUAAUGGUUAUGAGCCCAAGUCCAAUUUAUCGGAUGGAAUUGAAAAUUCGGCAACAAUGGAAUGUUCUGGAGUUCUUGAUGAUGAUAAGAAGGGCGAAGGCUCUCAAAAUUAUAUGAAUCCAACCAAAUGGGAAUCAACGGAGUCUGUUUUUAGCUCGCCGGCGGGUACCUCUGGAAUUUUUUCUUGCAGAGAUGAUGAUAGCGACGAUGAAGUUCCUCGCCAUGUCAAAAGGCCACCACCAAUUGUGAGAUUUCGUGAUCCGGAAUCGGGCGACGUGAUAGUUCAAGAAGAAGUUUAUCAUUCUGAGGACAAGAGUAUUCACGUGACUCCAAAAGUGGAGAGAAACGGGAAAAAGGGAGUAUGCUAUCGAUGCCUUAAGGGAAACUGGUUCAUGGAGAAGGAGAUUUGCAUUGUUUGUGGCGCUAAGUAUUGUUAUGAUUGUGUGCUGAGAGCCAUGGGGUCAAUGCCAGAAGGAAGGAAAUGUGUUACUUGCAUUGGUUUUAGCAUUGAUGAGGCUAGGAGAGGGACGCUGGGAAAGUGUUCUAGGCUGCUUAAGAGACUACUCACUGAUAUGGCAGUUAAACAGAUACUGAAUGCUGAGGUUUUCUCUGAAGUGAAUCAGGUAGCACCAGAGCUUGUUUAUGUGAAUGGCGAACCUCUUUGUCAGGAAGAGCUUGUUCAGUUGCAGAACUGCAAAAACCCACCAAGGAAUAUAAGGCCAGGAUGCUUUUGGUAUGAUAAAGUAUCUGGUUUAUGGGGAAAGGAAGGAAAAAAGCCUUCCCAGAUUAUUAGCUCCCAGCUAAACGUCGGGGGCCUCAUCAAGCAAAAUGCCAGCAACGGAAAUACAAAUAUAUUAAUAAACAGUAGGGAGAUUACUAAAGAAGAGCUCUGGAUGCUGAAGGCAGCUGGGGUGUCAUGUGAAGGAAGCCCUCACUUUUGGGUGAGUGAUGACGGGACAUACCAGGAGGAGGGACAGAAUAAGAUAAAGGGUAGAAUAUGGGACAAGACUGCAACAAAGCUGGUCUGCGCCGUCUUGUCCCUGCCAGUUCCUCCUGAUUAUCAAAAUCCUUCUGAAGAAAAGGUGAAUGGAGUUAUUCCAGGCAAUGUGAUGCAGAAAUCGAUUCAUAAACUUCUAUUAGUUGGUCAUAACAAAUCUGGCUCGAGUACCAUAUAUAAACAGGCCAAGCUUCUAUAUGAUGUUCCUUACUCUGAAGAUGAACGUCAAGCUAUUAAGUUAGUGAUCCAAAGAAAUUUGUUUAUGUAUCUCGGUAUGGUUCUCGUGGGGCGUGAGCUAUUUGAAGAACAAAGUUUGCUCGAGAAGAGGAAAAGAUGUGUUGUCGAUAAGUGUGGACUUCAGAUGAUACAUACUGAUGAUAAAACAAUCUACUCCGUUGGGCCAAGAGUGAAAGCUUUCUCAGAUUGGCUUCUCCAAGUUAUGGUGUUGGGUAGUUUGGAACCAGCUGCCGCUAGUAAAUAUGCACCAUUUAUUGAGGAAUUGUGGGGGGAUGCUGCCAUUCAGGCCACAUACAACCGGAGGAAUGAAUUAGAAAUGCUAACCAAAGCAGCCACUUAUUUCCUAGAUCGGGCUGUAGAGAUUUCUAGGAAAGAUUACGAACCCUCUGAAACUGACAUCUUGUAUGCUGAGGGGAUUACAACAUGCAAUAGCCUUUCUUGCUUGGAAUUUUCAUUUCCCAAGUCAGCACAACAUGAAUUCAUGAGCCCUGCCUAUCAGCAUGAUCCGUCACUAAGGUACCAACUCAUUAGAGUACAUCGAGGAAGCUUAGGAGCAAACUGCAAAUGGUUGGACAUGUUUGAAGACUCUGAUAUUGUCCUUUUUUGUGUUGCCUUGACUGACUAUGAUCAACAUUGUGAAGACUCUAAUGGAGUCUCGACCAACAAGAUGUUGGCGAGCAAGCAGCUUUUUGAAAAUGUAGUCACUCAACCGACCUUUGAGGGUAAGAACUUCUUGCUGAUUCUCACCAAGUUUGACCUGCUGGGGGAAAAGAUUGAACAUGCCCCUCUAAUGCAAUGUGAAUGGUUUCAUGACUUCAAACCUGUUACCAGCAAGAAAUGUCGCAACAGCACUAACCCUUCAUUGGCUCAACAUGCUUUCUACUAUAUAGCAAUGAAGUUCAAGACCCUGUUCCGUUCUCUCACAGAUAGGAAGUUGUUUGUUUCGUUAGUAACUGGGUUGGAAAAUGAUAAGGUUGAUGAAGCUCUCAGAUAUGCAAGGGAGAUUGUGCUGUGGGAAGAAGAAAAACCCUACUCCAUUAACGAGUUGUCCUCUACCGACAUCGAGGUAACAAAUAUCUUGGUGGGAAUAUCCUACCCCUAUCUAUGCAUUGCUUGUGAUGUUGGAUUACAGAAACAAGAAAAAAGGAGGCUAUCGAACUCAAAAUCAAGUAUGUGUACACUGGAUUUUGCACACAUUUUAUGGUUGGUUUUCCUUCUCCCCUCCACCUUUUUCUUGAGCUAAUCUGGUGCUCAAGUGUUGACAAAACAAGCCACAUCCUCUGUACGGGUGAAAAGCAUUCCCAUCUCCUUGCCAUGCUCGUUGCUCCAUCAAUACUACAGUGGAAAAGAUAAUUUGCCUCCCUCUACACUAUUAGUAGUAUAAUCUUAUUUUACCCACCAUUUGAACUUUGUGAUAUCCAUGUUUGCAGCAAAAUCAUAAUGCAACCCCAUAAAGAUGCUAGACGCAUUCAUUGUUUGGAAUGAAAAUGCAAAAGAGAGAACCCAAAUCACAGGCAUUAAUUCUAGUAAGACAGAACUAUCUCAAAAAGUAAUUUUAUUUAUAAGUCGGCAAUAGAAAUACACAAUUUUCAUCGUUGAUAUCACAUAAUUUUUAUUUAUAAGACAACUUUCAAAUUUUUUUUAAAAAAAUCUAUUUAUUAGUGUGAAAAACUCACCUUGCACAUCAUUUAUAAGCUAGUGUGGAAAUCAAAUGUAUUUAAGCCGAGUUGCAAAUAGAAGAACUCAAUUUUUUUUUUACUAAUCAAAUCCUGUAUAGUGGUGUGCAAAGGAUUCCCUCACCAACUCGAAGAUAUACUCUGUCUAUUUUCAUUGUGUUUGCUUGUAAAGCAAAUUACUUACUGCCCAAUGCAUGGUGUCUAGCUGUAAAACAACUAUGCAUUCUACUAUUGAUGGAGUUGUGGGUCAAGCAAAACGUCACCAAUCAUGUAUGGCUUCAUUGGCUUGUAAACUUACCAGCAUCAAUCGGAUCUUUAAACAUUUCAUAUCACGAACACCAACAAUAUCUAAGAGAUUAAAUGGUAAAUCCCAGAAAUAUUAUUGAGGAAUUGAAACAAGUCUGUGGUUACCACGAGCUAAACGAUUUCUUAAGAGGAAAAUCGUUUCAGAUUGCUAGCCGGAGAGAAAGUGACAACAAAUAUAUACGGAAUUAUUCCUACAACCACUUAAAAUUACAACAUACCCCAAAACAUCAUUACAUUUAAAUUAUCGGAAAACACUGAAAUUUGUUCCAUGCAUGAUGAACCUCUGGCCUGAUCAACAGGGUGCGAAACGGUCCAUAAUCAAAAAAAUCGUGUCUUCUGACAACAUGGUAGUACAACAACUACUGUCUCUCUUCUGAACAACUCUGCUUUCCUUCAUGUCUUCUUCAACUUUCUCUCCUUCAUUGGCUUUUCUAAGGAAUGGUCGCUUCCUGGCCUUGAUCUUCUCUCCAAGCUUUGCUAACUCCCCCAUCCACGUCUCCACCACUGCAGACAUUCUUAUCAGAUCUAAGUACUCCUUCACGUAUAGAACAAAGUGCUAGAUUUUUUCUUUUCUUUCUCAGCUUUUU